AUGGGCAGCAUACGGCGGCACAAGAACGCCAUGUCCGCUCUUCUGGCCGAGUUCUACGACAAACCCAACAACAAUCUGGAGUUUAGCGAGGAUUUCGAUGACUUCAGCCUCACGAAGAAGCGGCGGGAGGACGAGGGCAACAGUGCCGGCGGCAUGUGCCUGAGCGUGGUGCGUUAUGCCCGACCGCAGAAGGCCAAGUCCGCUUCCGGGGAGUGGAAGUACAUCGUGAACACGGGCCAGCACACCCAAACACUGAGACUGGAGAAGUGCAGCAAUCCUGGGGAGAGCUGCUCGUACUUGGCGCAGACAUACCGCUCGCACUGUUCGCAGGUCUACAACUACCAUCGCCUGCUCAGCUGGGACAAGGUGCGGGGCCUGCAUGUGGACAUCUUCAAGGUGCCCACCUGCUGCUCCUGCCAGGUGGAUGGCUAUCGUCAGCAGUUCCCGCCGCUGUCCUCCAUCCAGGCCAAGGACUACUCGCCGCUGGCCAACUUUAAGCCGGAGAGUGUCGGCUCGAAUGGCUACAGCACCAUCAAUGAGGAGGACCUGGACUAUGCCGACGACAGCGAGGAGGAUGAGCUGGGUCUGGGCCUGCGCUAUCCGACCUUCAACGGGCGCGACACCAACGAACUGUAUGCCGGCAGCAAGAAGAUGCGCGCCUCGACCAGCGUGGGCCCGUAUCUGAGUCCGCCCGAUGACGAUGUCGAGGAGGAUCAACGGUACGGUGGCAUUGGCAGUGGCUACAAGAGUAGCCACCACAACCACAAGGGUGGAGCCGGUGCUAGCUCGAAGAAAUAUUACAGCCAGGUGAGCCGACGCCGGCCGCAUCAGCAUCAGCAGCAGCAGCAGCAGCAGCAGAAUGAGGCGCGAGUGGACUUGGAUUUGGCGCCAAGUGAGAUGCACACCGACCAAGAGGUAAACGUAAACCCAUUUGCUGGCCCAGUGCUCAGUGCUGGGGAGAAGCCCAUCCAGCGUCUGCCCAUCAAUCGCAAGCUGGCUCCAGUGCCCAUCAUGCCACCCAUGCCCAUCAAGCAGCCGCCGCAGCCGCCGCAGCAUUCCCUGCUGCAUCCUCAACAGCUGCGACAUCUCAGCCUGCCUUCAACCAGCGUAACCACCACCUCGGUGGGGGCGGGGGCGGUGGCAGUGCCGCCGGCCUCCGUCUACCAUGUGAACUCCAUUUACACGAGCAGCGGCGGGAGUAGCAGCAGCGUCGAUGGUGCCUCGGCUGGGCCAAGUAACGGCACCAAGCGCAUCAACUACAACUACCAUCCCAUCAUAGACUUCUUCGAGAAGAGCAGCAGGAGGGCAGAGCAGACAUUGGCAGUGACUCCCGGAGGAUUAGGAUUAGGACUAGGAGACUACGAUAUGGAGGAGUCACGUCUGAUGGAGCAGCGUCGCCGAACCGUGUGCUCGUCUGCCGCUCUCUUGCCCUUCUCCUAG